GAUGAAUUUGUACGAAGAAGAUGUUGUUUAUGUUUGUUCAAUACUUCGAGGUUUAAAAAUUCAAUAUUUGUGUAAAUAUUCAGACAGUUUCGUUCUCAAGAUCGAAACGAUCACGUGUUCAGAAAAAACAAAUCGAUCAUAAAUAAAGGCCUGGGUUCGAGGGUAGUACAAAUAAGAUAGAACAAGGCUUUUAAAGCAGUACAUGUAGAUCCAGUUAAGAAAUCACAAGAUACAAAAUGGAUUUUUACUACGAGCAACUCAUGUUUGGACUUCAAAAUGGCGCAUCUUUUCGACAGAAGCAUGCCGUCAAUUUUAAUCGACGCACGACAAGCCGAAUGGAAAGUACGAUUAACCGAUACAAGAAAGAGAGGGUGAAAUCAUGCGGAAGAAUAUCGAGAAAACAAGAGGAGUUUUUACUGCGACAAUGUCGAGUACUUCCUGAAUUACAUUUAAAAGAUGAUCAGGCUUCUGUACAUAGCUCAAGUUGCAGUCAACCAGGUACACCUUCAACACAUCGAGGCGUGACUUUAAAAAAAAGUCCGUCAAGACAAAUGCUGACACUUAUUGACGUCACAAAAAUGAGACCCAACAUGACGUCAGCAACAAGUUGUGUUCGGGCGUUCACCGCCCCUCCGUUCACUAGGAGAGGUAGGGUAACACCUGAAAGAGUACAAGCGCGAAGACAUUGGUGUAUGAUACGAGACAAUUUAAAGUUUCUUAUCACAAAAGAGAAAGAAGAGGUUAACGAAAUAUAUAACUUUGGAGUGAUAUAUAAUGAACUACUAAAUUGUCGAUACAUUCGCCAUACAGUGAAGCAGGAACAAGAAUUGAAAAGAAGUUCACACAAUGACAUAUGUCUGUGUAAUGCUUGUGCUCUCAAAAUAACAAAAGAAAUAACCAAAAAACAUAAAAACCGAAACAGAACGAAAAUAUUAUUAAAAGGAGAAAGGUAGUCGGACCAAGGUCGGACUUUACAGUGAUCGAGAAUGACAGCAUGACAAAUUAUAUGCAAAGUGCGGGUGCUAAAGGGGGGAUAUAUUUUUAACUUAAAAGAGAAAAGAGUCACUUAAAAGUAAUCUAAGGACUAUAUUUAUUUUAAUAUUUUAUUUCACUGUAUUUAUAUUUUUAUAUGUUUAUAUAUGUGAUACUUGUAUGCAUAAAUAUAUUAUGUUCAUGAUCUACAUCAAACACAACAAAUAAAUUAAAACUCA